UGAGACCCCUGAUUUACACUCUUCCUGCCCCCUUUAUUCUGAAGGCAGCGUGUGGCGGAGGUGCGCCGGUAGCUUCCGGUGACGCAGCGCGAUGGGCGUGGCUCUCUCUCCGGCUGCGCUGGACCCGCCUGAGUGAGGGAGACCUCCGGAGGAAAGAUGGCGGCCCCUGCUCUCUCCAGCCGAGCGGGCAGCCCCGGUAACGGCUCCGGCAACAGCCCCACCGUGGCCGCCGCGAGGCUUCUCGCGCACGGCGGCGUUGGGCCCGAGCUGGACUUCAGGUCCGCGGCCCGCAUGGAGGACGUGAACCGGCUCAUCCAGGAGUUCAGCAAGCACGACCAGCGGGAGUACGACGACCAGCGGGCUCUGGAGAUCCACACGGCCAAGGACUUCAUCUUCUCCAUGCUGGGAAUGGUCCAGAAGCUGGACCAGAAGCUCCCGGUGGCCAACGAGUACCUCCUCCUGUCGGGGGGCGUCCGGGAGGGCGUGGUGGACAUGGACCUGGAAGAGCUCAGCGUCUACGCCCGCGGCGCCGACUACGACAUGGACUUCACGCUGCUGGUGCCGGCGCUGAAGCUGCACGACCGCAACCAGCCGGUGACGCUGGACAUGCGCCACUCGGCGCUGGGCCACUCGUGGCUCAGCCUGCGCCUCUUCGACGAGGCCACCAUCGGCCGCUGGAGGGACUGCUGCACCGUGGUGGACCACGUCAGCGGCGCCGCCAACUACUUCUUCUCCCCCACGCUGGUGGCCGACUGGUUCCACCGGGCCGUCUCGCUGGUGCUGCUGGAGGUGCAGAAGAAGCCGCAGCGGGGCACGCCGCGGGUGGAGAAGGUGGAGCGGAACGGCACCGUGGUGUCCGUGGUGCUGGGCGUGGGCAGCAGCCGGAUGCUCUACGACAUCGUGCCCGUGGUGUCCUUCAAGGGCUGGCCCGCCGUGGCCCAGAGCUGGCUGAUGGAGAACCACUUCUGGGACGGCAAGAUCACGGAGGAGGAGGUGAUCAGCGGCUUCUACCUGGUGCCCUCCGCCUCGCACAAGGGCCGCAAGGAGAACGAGUGGCGCCUGUCCUUCGCCCGCAGCGAGGUCCAGCUGAAGAAGUGCAUCUCCUCCGGCCUGAUGCAGGCGUACCAGGCCUGCAAGGCCAUCGUGGUGAAGCUGCUGUCCCGGCCCAAGGCCAUCAGCCCGUACCACCUGCGCAGCAUCAUGCUGUGGGCCUGCGACCGCCUGCCCUGCAGCUACCUGGGCCAGGAGGACUUCUCCGCCCACUUCCUGCUGGGCCUCAUCGACGACCUGCAGCACUGCCUGGUCAGCAAGACCUGCCCCAACUACUUCAUCCCGCAGUGCAACAUGCUGGAGCACCUGACGGACGAGGCGGCCAUGCUGCACGCCCGCAAGCUGUGCUCGCUGCGCUCCGACCCGGCAGAGCACCUGCGCUCCACCAUCGAGCACGCCAAGGCCGCCAACCGGCUCACGCUGGAGCUGCAGUGGCGGGGCGGCGCCAACAACCCGCCGUCGCCGCAGUCCGACUCCGGCGGCGAGAACCAGCCCGACGACCGGCUGGCCAAGAAGCUCCAGCAGCUGGUCACGGAGAACCCGGGGAAGUCCAUCUCGGUCUUCAUCAACCCGGACGACGUGACCAGGCCGCACUUCAGGAUCGACGACAAGUUCUUCUGAUGAGGAGUGAGGCUCCUCCUCUUCCUCCUCCUCCUCCUCCUCCUCCUCCUCCUCCUCUGACACUCCAUGUUUUAACAUUUCUCUUUCACAGAGUGACGUGAGUUGAUCGUCUCGUUGUUUCCUCCAGGUUUUUUUGAAAUUCUUCUAUUCCCUUGCCUCCUUGCCUGCUCACCUCCUUGCCUCCUCCCCCCUCGUUCACUGUGUGCCCUACCUGUGUUUCUACCUGCUCGGUGCCUUUUCAGUAGAGCGCUGAGGAGCAGCAGGUUGUUUUUAACCAGGUUCAAACCUGAAGAUGGAAACGUUUUCUUUAAUCUCUACUUCAGGCUGAAGUUAUUAACACUGUUUACGUUGUUGUUAUUAUUAUUAUUAUUUCUAUGAAGGAAUAGAAACUAAAGCUUAUCGACUAAAUGACAUGAAUAUUUAGCAGAAAAUUAAAUGUUUGAGCAAACUUGUUUUA